AUGACUGCGUGUCUCUCUCUCUCCGCCCCGCCGGCGCCGGCGCGCUGGGAUGCGGAGGAGGUGAGCGCCCUGCAGGCGCUGCCGAUCAACGUGCAGCUGAACAUCCUGUCCUUCCUCUCACCCCAAGACCUGUGCCAUUUGGGAAGCACGAGUCGUUACUGGAGGGCGGCUGUGCAGGAUCCCUUGUUGUGGAGGUAUUUUCUCCUGAGGGAUCUCCCCUGCUGGGCAUCUGUGGAUUGGAAAUCGCUCCCAGACGUGGAGGUUUUUAAUAAAGCCUUCUCAGAGCAGAGCGAUAACGCGCUGUAUGAUUACAUGGCAGUAUACAAAAAGAGCUGUCCUCAGACCAGAAGGAGUUUGAAAUCAAGCCGUCCCCGGUACGGGGCUGUGACUUCCUUUCUGCAGUCACUGGUCACUCAGACGGAACCUCGCUUCGCAAUGUUUGGGCCGGGUUUGGAAGAGCUGGACAACUCUUUAGUGCAAAAGAUGAUGACAUGCCCAGAAAUUCUGCUGGUAGCUGGCCUACCUCAAAGACAAAUUCAUGGAAUUGGAUCAGGAGUCAGUUUUCAGUUUAAUAACAAUCAAAAAUUCAAUAUUCUGACAUUGUAUUCAACUACCAGUGUGGAAAGGAGGAGAGCAAGAGAAGAGCAAGCUGUUGCUGUGAAUAAGAUGUUCUACCAAGAGAACAGCGUAGUAGGGAAUCAGCAAGCCAUGCACUACAGUGUAAUAGCUCAAGUUAAAAAGGUGUGCGAAGUAGUUGAUGGAUUCAUUUAUGUUGCUAAUGCAGAAGCUCAUAAAAAACAUGAUCGUCAAGAGGAACUGGCUCGUAUUUUGGCAAUGACUGAUCCAGCCCUUGGGCCUCCGAACAGGCCUCUGCUAGUUUUGUCGUGUGUCUCUCACGUUGAUGUGAAGCGAAUUCCUUGUGUUUACAUGGCACAUCAGUUGCAACUGAAUCUGCUGCAUCAGCCCUGGAUGGUGCAGGACACCGUAGCUGCAAGUUUAGCUGGAUUGAUAAAUGGAAUUGAGUGGCUCCUGGAAGAAGCAAAUUGUAAAAACGCACAGUAAUGGAACCAUGCAUUGUUUUACUGUAUAGGGAAUUUAGUGUUUUGCAAUUGAAGUGAGAAUCUUGUCCUCAAAGAGCACUGUCAGAAGGGAGGUUUAAGAGACAAACCUGCAUCUAUUUCACGGCACAUACUUUAAUAAUUAACUUUCCUCCAACUGUAGUCCUGAAUUAGAAGUACAAGCGGGAUUGCCUGGAUUCCAGCAGCUGAUGAAGAGCUGAGUUUGGUGGGCAGUCUGGGUGUUCUGUUUUUUUUUUUUCUUUCUUUCAGGCUGGGGCCUUUAGGGUGCAAUUUUUUCUCAGUAUAUCUGGUAAUCUAAUCUCUUCUGUAAAUAUACCUAACAUUAGGUUAGUUUAUCAGCACAGCACUAUGGCACACAUCACACAUUCAGUAAGUAUAUUCAGUGGAGAUUCUGACAGUGGCAGUUCCCAAUCAACAUAAAUAUACUGUACGUUGUACAGUAGUAGGUUGACAAAAGGACAGCAUCUCUUUCAAAAGAGGAAAUUCCCCUGUAUUCUUUCCAGAAACUAUGCCUAAGCAUGAAAUAGCACCUGUGGGAGAAUUAUCAGCCCAGACCAAAAUUCUUAGAAGCAAACAAACAACCUGCCAUGUAUGAAUUGUUUGUUUCUUGUUUGUGAUACUAUUUAUUAAUCAACCACAAAAGACUUCAGCAUCUUCCGUUGCAGUGAAAUUAUUAGCUUGAACUGGACAUACCUCUGAUGUCAUGAAUAAAUGUUAAAUAGAGUCA